AUGCCGCUCAGAAUCCUAGACUCCCACAUCCACCUCUGGCCCUCCAUCGCGACCUCCUGCACAGACCAUGGCUGGAUGACGCCCGGCUUCUUUUUAGCAAAACAGCAUGGGAUACAAGAGUACGAUGCCGCCACUGCCCUUGCGCCGGUCCAGCCCGCCAGCUUCGUCUACGUGGAAACAGAUCGGUAUCUCCCCUCCUCUUCUCUCUUCGUCGAUCCCGAGUCUAGUUUAGAAGAGAAACAAGAGAGGAUAAGGCACUGGGCACGCGCACCCUUGCAAGAGUUAGAGUUCCUUCGAAGAGUGGUGGAGGGGAAUGUGCAGGAGGGCGAUGGCGCGAGCAAAGAGGAUGGUGGAAGGUUGAAAGGGCUUGUGAUUUGGGCGCCAUUUCACCUGCCAUGUAGUUUAUUUGAGAUCUAUCUAGAGCUUGCGAGGGAGACGCUGGGCGAGGAAGCAUUGAAACGUGUUGUGGGGUUUCGUUAUCUCCUCCAGGGGCGGACAGCCGAGCAAGUUCGAUCAAUUAUAGAAAACAAGCACUUCGUCUGGAACGUGAAAAGAGCGUGUGAGAAGGGGCCGAAGCGACUAGCGUUUGAUGUAGGCGUCGAUGCGCACCGCGACGGCAUAGAAACGUUGGAAGCAGUCUCCAAACUGAUAGAAGGCGUAGAAGAAGGCGUAAACUUCGUUCUUAACCACCUUUGCAAACCCGACUUAUCCUCUUCCAACUGGGACGGCUUUGAACGCUGGCAAUCCAGUAUUGGACGAUUGUCUUCACAUCCAAAUGUCUAUAUGAAGCUCAGCGGUGCGCUGAAUGAGUUCUCGCCCUCUACUACGCCUUCGUCCGCGAAAGAGAUCCUUGUAACAUUGCGGCCAUAUUUGGAUCAUUUGCUGCAGAGUUUUGGGGCGCAUAGGGUGCUGUUUGGGAGUGAUUGGCCGGUAUGCAAUGUCGGUGGACCAAAAGGAGAGCAGGGCAAUUGGGGUUACUGGGUUGAGGUUGUGGAGAAGUGGGUGGAGGACAAAGGGUUAAGUGAGAGAGAGAAGGAGUGGAUUUGGGCGAAGACCGCGGCGUCGGCCUACGGGAUUGCGGAGUUCAGACCCUCUAUCCGCCGUAACCCCUCCAUUGCGAACCCCGCCACCUCCUAUUCCAACCGAUCUCAGCUACCCUUGUCCACACCCACAAUGUCUAAUCCCGCACAAUUACUUAAGGGCAAAUCAACAGCCAUAACAGGCGGCGUAACAGGCAUCGGUCGCGCGAUCGCACUCGGGUACAUCUCGCAUGGCGCAAACAUCGCGAUCAACCACUUUGACGACGCGAAGUCGGCAGAGCAGUUCAAGAGCCUCCUUGACGAAGCAGCAAGCAUACUAGGUAGUAAGGAAGAGGCACAGGAGCGCAUAAUUGAUGUACCGGGUGAUGUAGGAAAACCGGAGACAGGCAAGAAGCUGGUUGCGGAGGUGGUGAAGCGCUGGGGACGGCUGGACGUUGUCGUGAGCAAUGCGGGGAUUUGCGAGUUUAAGGAGUUCCUUGAGAUAACACCCGAACUCUGGGCCAAACACCAUGACGCCAACCUCACCGGCGCAUUCAACACCAUCCACGCAGCCGCCACACAAAUGUCCACGCAAUCUCCCCCGGGCGGCUCUAUAAUAGGCAUCAGCUCUAUCUCUGCCCUCGUAGGCGGCGCACAACAAGCCCACUACACGCCCACCAAAGCAGGCGUCCUUUCCCUCAUCCAAUCCGCCGCCUGCGCGCUGGGCAAGUACAACAUCAGAUGCAAUGCACUGCUCCCUGGUACGAUCAAGACGCAGCUCAAUGACAAGGAUCUUGAGGAUGAUGAAAAGAGGAAGUAUAUGGAGGGCCGGAUACCGCUGGGGCGCACGGGCGAGACAAGGGAUUUGGCGGGGCCGGCGGUGUUCUUGGGUAGUGCGGAGUUGAGUGGGUAUGUGACGGGGGCGCAGUUGUUGGUUGAUGGGGGGCUGUUCGUCAACCUACAGUGA